AUGUCCCCACACCCGUUCCUCCGCCCGCACCCCUGAACUAGCGAAGCUCACCGGCGACAAGCGCGCGGCAUGCUCGCUGACCCGCAGCCCCAGCCCUAGCCACAGCCACGUGCCCAUGGACCCACUUGUCUCUCCAGUCACCUAGCCGGACGCCACACUCGCUCGCUCGCUCGCUCGCUCGGCUACGCAGACCCGAAAGCCCCAAAUUCGCGCCACACGGAUUUCGCGCGCAGACUUUGGCGGGCGGGCUCGGAGGCGGAGACGGCUGAAGGCGGGGCCUGAGCGUAGCGCGCACUGUCACCAUCGCCCGAAGGCUGCUGGGAGUUGUAGUCUCCGAAGCGUGAGGCAGCCUGGAAAAUGGGACAGAGUGAGGAGGGGAGGGGCACUGUCCCGCACGGCAUGCUGGGAAGCGGCCUCCAGCCUGUCUUCCCUGUGGAUGGGCCGGUGAGGCUGCGAGGUCGUACGGGUGACAGGCGGGGAGAAGAGAAGGCUUCGUGAAAAGCCACCUUGCCAGGCACUGCGGGAAGAAAGGCGGGAUACCGCGCGGAGCAUCCCGGGAGCAAGGGCCGGGCCGGGCUUGGGCGCGAGGCAUUGUGGGAGGUGGACGCCGCUUCGGGUUGGGUAGGGCCCCAGGAUGGAGCUGACAGAACCCCCACCAGGCACAGCAGUGCAGAAGGAAGAACAGGAAUUGUUGGAUCGAACCUUCUUCUCCUGGGCUGAGUUCAGCCGCUUCUUCGACAAGUGGUGCCAGCAGCGGCUGGUGGUCUUCUCAGUGAAGAGCUCCACACAUGUGGCACGGAGCCCGUGGGCCAACACGCCCCCACUCUACAGGCUUAUCCACGUGCUCAAGUACAGCUACGUGCUGCUGGUGUGCAAGGAUGUGCGCGUGCCCAACCAGUCCACAGCGUGGCCUCCCCAGCCCAGCUGCCCGGCCUUCAUCACUGUCAAGCUGAGCCCUUUGCGGGAUCGACUCGUGGUGUCUGAGUGCCAGCUGACCCACUCCCACCCUGCCUGCCCACGCGAAUUCGCCUACCACUUCCGCCCAGGCCACUUACUGGCCAAUGCCUGCCUGCCGGUCCGCAUCACCAACCAGAUCUCCAAGCAGUUCGUGGCCCCUGCUGACGUGCGCCGCCUGCUGUCCCAUUGCAAGGGCCCAGACCACGGGGUCCUGGAUGCCCUGCAAGUGCUUGAAGGGCUCUUCCGUACAGAUCCGGAGGCCAAGGUGAAGCUGGUGUUCGUGGAGGACCAAGCGAUGGUGGAGACUGUGUUCCUCCUGACAUCGCGCACCAGGGCGCUGCUGCGGCGCUUCCCGCGCAUCCUGUUGGUGGACCGGCUGCCUGGGCUGCAGGGCGCGCUGGACCUGAUGGCAGUGCUGUGUGUAGACAGCGCUGGACGUGCCCGCCAGGCUGCCUGUUGUGUGGCGCGCCCUGGUACCCCGAGCCUCCUGCGGUUCAUGCUGGUCUCCCUGCUGCAGAGUGCUCCGGAUGUCAAAGGCCGGGUACGCUGCCUCACAGCCGGGCCCGAGGUGGCCGGGCAGCUGCGCGCAGUUCGCCAGUUGUUGCCCUGUGCACGCGUGCAAAUUUGUCGUGCUCAGGGUCUGGAGACGCUCUUCAGUAAGGCACAGGAGCUGGGCGGCGCCAGCCAAGAGGAUCCAGACCUGUGGCCACUCCUCUGUCGCCUAGCCGAUUCAAAGUCUUACACCGCUUACAGUGAGGCACUGGCUGAGCUGCGUUCCCAGGCUCCAACUGCCUUCAUCAGAUACUUUGAGCACAACUGGGCACCCCGUCACGACAUGUGGGUACGUUUCCGUGCCUACGAAGCAACCCGUGACCUGGAUGCCUGCGCUCUAGUGCGGGGCCAUCGCAGGAGACUCCUGCGCCGCCUCAGCCCCUCACACAGUGUGGCUCAGUGCCUUCGCGACCUAGUGGCCAUGCAGUGGGCUGAUGCCACUGGAGAGGCAGCCUCCGAGGGUGUUAAUGGUGACCGAGUGUUGCUGGAGACCAAGAAUAGGACACAGAUGGAAAAAGAGAAGACAAGGAGUGCAGAGAGUAGCAGCUGGGGCAGGCCUGAGCGAGAGGGUGAAAAGGGGAGGGGGUUGCAUGCGAAAGAUGGGCAAGGAGUCUGCUUGGAGAGUCAGAAAAUGAAGGGGCCUGAAGGGGCAGGAGGCCAGCUGGAAAAAGAGCACUUGAGAGGGCCAGAGGUCAGAGAUUGGAGAGGAACCCAGAUGGAGGAUGGAAGGGUUAGGGUGCUGGGGCCCAUAGAUCAGAAAGGCACCCAGGCUGAGUCUGAGAAGGCCAGGAGUCUUGAAGGAAGCCUCUGGAGGGACGUCCAAUUACAAGAAGAAAAGAGGGCACAUGCACUAAAACCUCGAGAUCGGAAAGGGCCUCAAUUUGAAAUGGAGAAGGGACUAGACGGUAGAAAGAAGAGGGAGACCCAUAUGGAGAAGCCCUUAGAACCGGUCCCCGAGAACGGAGAUCAGAGGGGACCCCACUGGGGAAGCGAAGGGCAGAAAGGGCCAGAGAUUGCAGAGGAGAGAAGUGGGAGGCUUCGAGUCAAAAGGAGACGGGGCCUGGAGGACAUCGUCGUUGUACAUCUGGAGGACACAAGAGCUACACGCAUAGUGAAUGGAGACGGAGGAGGACUCCAACCUGUGGGCUCCAAGAACGGAAGACAGCAGACGGCGUUUGGGGAUCCCGAGGGGAGGCAAUCAGGCAUGGGGAAUGGUGUACCGUGCACCAUUCGUGCGCGGACUGUGUUGGGGGGCAAUCCAGAAUGGGCAGUGACCAGAGUUGAGUCCCUGGCCGCAGGGGAGACAAUACAGACAAGAGACAAUGAAGGCCCGGGGGAACCAAAGAAGUUUUGUCGCCCCUGUAGGGAUGAGGGGGUAGACUCCGAGGCGCUAGCCAAAUUCCAAGCAGCCUGUGGGCCAGAGCUGGCAGACCUAGUGGCAGAGGAGCUGGCCUUCGCCAGGCAGCACGGGAUUCGCGGUUUCCACUGGACUGGAGCUGGCUUUGCCCUUAAGGAUGGCACCUCAGACUUCUUCCUGGACGGGGCGCUGACACACUGCAGCUGUUCGAUCCAUGCUGCCAGACGCCUGCCCUGCAGACACCUCUUUGCUGCACGUCUCCUCACAGGGGCAGCCUUGUUUCACAUGGACCUGCUCAGAGAUUGCUGGGGGAGAUCUCAGGAACCCUGACCCUGUGCACCCCGCCUGCUACCCUCCAUAUGGAGGUCAGGAACAUAUUCUUUGAUCCCAAAGAUAAUAGGGCUCAUGCCCAAUGGGCCACUUCAGCCUUUCUAGUCACCUCCUGAGUCAUCUAAGGACCUCCUCUUGGCCCUCUUCCUCUGUAUCCUAGGGGAUGAUGGCUAUGAUCUCAAGAGAUCCUGGAGCCACACCUGUGGGAAGUGCUAAUGGCCAGAGCACAUUGAAAGGACACUGCUCUGGAGAAGAACUGCAUGAGGAGUGGUGUAGAUAGAGUCCGCCAGG